GAAGCAAAAACCCUCUACUACCUACUGAUUCAUUCAAUUGCUCUCCCGCCUUCGGAAAGAUUCACCCCCAGAAUAUGGUCAGUAAAAGCCACCGUCGGCAAAGCGGCGAUGAUGGGUCCAAUCCGUCGAGUUCUCAUGAGGUAAAGGUAGCACCUCACUUUUUCAAGAUAAUUCACUCUUCAGGUGUUCCCCAUCAGAAGCUGAGGAUUCCCCUGAAAUUUAUAAGUCAAUAUGGGAAGAAUGUGGGGAACCAUGUAUUUCUCAAAGUUCCAAGUGGUGCUGUAUGGAAAGUAGAACUGGAGAGAUCUAAUGGUGUCGUUUGGAUGUGCAAUGGUUGGAAAGAGUUCGCAAAAUAUUACUCCAUAGGCUUCGGACAUCUUCUGGUUUUCAGGUACGAUGGGAACUGCAAUUUCAAUGUCCUCAUAUUUGAUACAUCGGCUUCAGAGAUUGCGUACCCGGUAAGUGCAACCCAUGGUGAACAAACCAACAUAAACUGUAAUAGAAACUCAAAAAUCCCUGUAACGGAAGAAGUCAUUGAGAUUGAUGACUCUGUUGAAACAUACAAUACGAAAAGAGAGGAAACCUACGGAAGGGGUGAAACUGAGAAACUUGGCGUUCGAACUCGUCAAAAAACAAGGAAGGCAGCCUACUACAGGGGAAAUAUAGAGAAAAAUGUUUCUGUCAAAAUCUCGGAUGAUUCACUUGUACGAGAUUCUUCAGUUUCUGAAAGGGAAAGAGCCCAUGCCAAGUUUGGAAUGGAGAACAAUUCAAAUAAGCAGGAAUUUCCACUGAAUUUUAAAUCCAAAGGGCUAAAGCUUCCAAAUCAAAAAAAGGAUGCGAAGACCGAAAUUGAAACAGAACAAUGCACCGGAGGCACGUACAUUGGAGAGAGACGGUACCAAUCUCAAAUUGCUGUCCAAAUGCUAUCAGCAACAGCCAAUAUAAACUCAAGAGCCCUUGAAAGAGCCCGAUAUUUCAAAUCCAAAAAACCUUUCUUCAUGGUUCGCUUGCAGCCGUCUUAUGUUUCUUGUAAUUACAGUAUGAAUGUGCCACUAAAAUUUUUGAAGAAAUAUCUAAGGGACAAUCAAAAGAAUAUUAGUUUACGGAUUUCAGAUGGGACGACAUGGUUGGUAAGGUUCUAUGCUGGAGCAUUGAAUGGAAAGCGGAAUCUUGGUUGGGGCCCAUUUGUGCGGGACAACAAUUUGAAAGUUGGCGAUAUUUGCGUCUUUGAGUUGAUUAGUACAGGCAUCGAACCCCAGCUGGAUGUCACCAUUUUUCGGAAGUAGAAAAUCAAGGUGGUUUCUGGCGGCAGGUAGACUAAGAAG